AAGUGGCACGCACAAUUAGUUGCAUAUGUCCCGGCCAGUCGUAAGCAGAACGUGACUGGAAGAAGACCGACCAACAGGCACGUGGUAGCUGCAAGGUAAUAACGAAAGAGAUAUGGAUUUGGAGGGCGCAAACAAGGUCACCGUAUACAUUUAUAAUCUUGUGGACCGUUAACUAUAGGAUCAGAUCCCAUGUGGACUUUCAAGGUAACACAGCUGAUUUGUGUCUCUUCUUCGUCAUGCCUGCCUUGGAGAACGACGAUGUCGGAGUGGAGCGUGACACAUGUGACGCUGAAGAGCAUGACAGCCGUGACGUAGUCACACCAACACGUGUACACGAUGAUUACGUAAAGGCACAUAGACAAGGCGAUGACGUGGAUUGCAAGGACGUGGAUAGAAUGAAGCCGUGUACUGAACACGAUGAUGAGGAUGAAGAGGAAGGGGUAGAGGAAGAGGAUGACGACAGUCUCCCUGUCGACAGAGGCUGGGCGUGGCUUAUUCUCGCAGGAAGUUUCCUGAACCUCGGAUUAAUGAUUGGCUACAGCCGUGGACUUGCCAUGCUGUUUGUUGAAUACCUGAAAGUAUUCGGGGCAUCGACAGCAAAAACAACUCUUUUGAUGGGAGUCAAUGCUGGGUUUUACAGCUUCGGUGCUCUUAUUUCUAUGCAUGUCAUCGUUAGUUUAAUCGGAGUCCGAAAGACGUUAUUUUUGGGAGCGACAAUAACUUGCAUUGGAAUGGUGACAGCAAUCUUCGCAACAAGUAUCGACUUUCUUAUUGGGACACAUAGCAUCUUGCUCGGUAUCGGGAAUUCCAUGAUUUACGGACCAUCAAUUGUUAAUAUUGGCCACUAUUUCAAGAAACGACGUGGUUUUGCAUCAGCGGCAGUUAUGUCAUCAGUCAGCUUGGGUGGUAGUGUAUUUCCACCGUUAGUUAAGUACCUCCUGGAUGAGUUUGGCCUCCGCGGCACAAUGAUCAUUCUAGCCGGUCUGACCUUGAACAUGUUCGUCGGUGCAGCCGUCCAAAGACCCUUGGACUCAUUCAGGAAAAGGAAACCAGUACGGAAAUCUGAAGAUGAAAAGGAUUUGAAUCAACUUCCAAAGGAACUCCCCAAAUCAUUAAUUAUCAAUGAGUUAAAGACAAAUGGAAUGCGUCGUGGCAUAAGUUCUGAUCCUGAAACGUGUCCGCUUCAUUCUUCAGAAAAAGGUAUCAAUGAUCAGAAUUCUUCGUUUGAUUCCCCAUUCCUUGUGAGAAGAUUAAGAACAGAAUCUGAUUCCAGUGCAUUGUCUAAAUCAAACCGCAACAUCCUCCUCUACACUAGCCAGUCGGACUUCGGGUCCCUUGCAAUGGUGAACUCAAGCGUUCAAGACAUAAAGGUUGUUGAAGGUGUCGAGUCUUUGAAGAACAAGCCAAGUAAACAUUGCUUUUACAUCAAAAAGGCAUUGUCAUCCCUUGACUUCUCUCUCUUCAAGAAGCCGAUGUUUCGGCUUAUUGCCCUUGUGGCAUUCUUCAGUGUUCUGAUUGGCGUCGUCCCAGUCUAUAUACCAGCACUGGCAAAUGAGAAGGGCUUGGAUCAGAGGGAUGCAGCUCUGUUCUUAACAAUUGCUGGUGCAGUGGAUUUCGUUUGCAGACUCCUGGUUGGGUUUGUGAUAGAUUUGGGGCAUAUUAAUGCCAACACAAUUAUGGCUAUAGGGUUAGCCGUUGCCGGAACUCUAACGCAUUUCACUCCAUUCUACAACUCAUAUGCUUUAAUGAUGACGUUUACGGUGACGAUGACUAUGUUUUCCUGUACCUAUUUUGCGUUGAUUAACGUGGCAAUCAUUGAUUUCAUGGGAAUGGAUUACCUUGGAAAGACGUUGGGAUUUGUGUCCUUGUUUCAUGGAAUGUCAAUAGCUAUAUGUCACCCAAUUAUAGGAGGUAUUCGUGACGCCACAGGGUCAUACACCUGGGGCUUGAGUUUCAUCGGAGCGGGUGCCUACGUCGGUGCCGCGUUGCUGUUCAGUACCCCUCUAGUCACGAAAUGUGUUCUGAAAAAAUCUAAAGAAGACAGGCGCAUUGGCUUAAAGUAACAUGGACCUACAUAUAGCUCCCCUGUGCUGUGUUCUUUCUUGCGGCGUCAAGGAAAUUUGAAGAAGUCCAGGAAUAACAUGACCUAACAGAGAAGUAACAGGCACCAGAUGAUUCCCUCUUAAGGAAUCUUGUCCAGCCUCGAAAAAAUAUGACAUAACAGAAACUUGACAGCGACCAGGUAAUUUUUACCACAUGUAAGGUGAGGCUCUGAAUAACUCCGAAGAAUCCGCACAAUAUCAGAUAAGGUAUGAGGACUAGACGAUUGACACUCCCCUGAAGAUAACUGUGUCAAGGUGAUAUUUCUAACUUGUAUCCGCCGACUACAAUGGGGAUCAGGUUGUCUGUGACAUGACUACGGCAUGGCGGAUUGCGUGUCAUCGUACAGAAAGGGGUUGGCUUUUUUCUCAUUCUUUCGUUCACUGGUGUAAAAGAUCCGGUCCGUGAAAGCUAUAAUGUUGCCGACUGCGGAAUUCUUUUUUUAGUGAGUGAGUGAGUUGGGAUUAACGCCACUUUUAAUAGUUAUAUCGCGGUGUAUCAGCUUAAUGUAGGAGGAAAGCCCAAAGUGAUGCAGGUCUCAGAC